GUACAGCAACCUUCACGUAGCUGUCCAUGUAGUAACUGUAUCAGAUUGUAAAAGUGUUACGAAGAGCAAAAACAAAGUGGUUGGCUCAUUUAUUACCCCGUUCUGCCGAUAGGUUAGUGGUUGGAAAUGUAUUGGGCUGCAUGGUUGCAACUGGCCAAGUUAUCUUUCAAAUUGGAAGUGGUUUGACAGCCCGCUGCCUAUGCCUUGCCCACGAAGGCGCCCCAACAACGGAACAUGUCGCGACGGAGUAUGAGGCUGGUUUUAGGGGGAUACUACAACCAAUCCUCCGAGGAUGACGAAUCCUCCUCAGUUUCCUACAGGGAGAGCCCUGUGAGGGUCUUUACCAAGAGGAAAAGAGGGGGUCAUAACGUGGCCUCCACUCGUACCUCCAGCCGGGCCAACAGCGUGGCUAGCACCACUAGCACGAUGGAGCCACUCAGUAAUGCUGAGGACAACAUUGGGGUCUCAAGUUUGGUUCAGAGGAGGAAGACCUUCCAGGAGCCUCCCAGUGUGGCUCCAGCACCAGCCCCCAGCCUGAAUCUGGCUCCUAGCCCCAAGGGCUUCCCCUCCUGCCAGACCAGCCUUAACCAGGCCCAGAGCCAGAGCAGCGCCAUGGACAGCUCUGGUUACUCCUCUUCAGAGGCAAGACGUUUCAAAGGAUACUCUGGAUACACCUCUUUGUAUGGACAAAGGGCUAGCGCCAGCCAGAGCUCUGGCGCCAGCAGGAAAAGCGCCAGCUGGAUAGCCCCUCCGUUUGUCCCUGCCGGUGUGGGGAAGGCCAUUCUAAUUGCCUUCCUCUUCCUCUUGACUUUUGGUCUAUUCUGCCUCUCUCUGCUAGGCUGCUGGCACCUUGCCCCCUUAGUAUGGUCCACCCUGACUCCGACUAUGACCCUGAACCGACCAUUCAUCACCCCGACUCCACCCCCUGUCUUCAGUCUGCCUCCCAAGGCUAUGGAUGGAGCGUCGGUAUUCAAUUCUGCUUUGGAAGCCAAGAUGAACACCAUCCUGACAGAAAUAGAAACACUUAAGAAAAAAGACCACCAGCAGAAAUUUGUUACCGAGAUGGUAGAGAGACUACAGACAGACUUGACAGACGUGAGGACAGACAUGAGGAAUGUGAGAGUGGACAGUGUGGAUCCUUUGGAUUGGGAACGUCGUUUGAGCCAGCAGACAGCCGGCUUCUCCAGUCAGGUAGACGACCUCAAGGAGCAACACACACACGUCAGGGGGAGAAUCGCUGCCCUGGAGGACCAGACUGCCACGCUGCAGCAACAGGUCUACUCUGUCCAGAACCAGCCUCCCCCAGAGCCCAGCCCCACCAAAGCCAACGCACACCUGACCACCGAGCUCAAAGAGGCCAUGGCCAAAUGGCUGCAUGAGAAUUUGCCCCAUAAUGAGCCACGGAUAGUGAAAGAGAUUGUGAAGGACUGCAGUCCUCCAUUGGCCGACAGGAUGCCGGACUUUGCCUUAGAGUCCCAAGGUGCCAGCAUUGUGAGCACUCGGUGUUCCGAGACGUACCGCACUCGCUCGGCAUGUGUGACCUUCCUGGGCAUACCUCUCUGGUACUCCUCUGAGAGCCCCCGCACUGUUAUCCAGGGCCAGCCUGCGCAGGCUGGGAAGUGUUGGGCGUUCCACGGUGCGCAGGGCACCUUAGUCAUCGCCCUGUCUCAUCCCGCUCGACUCACCCACGUCACCCUGGAACACCUGCCUGUAUCCACCGCCCCCACCGGACGCAUCGACAGCGCCCCCAAGGCCUUCUCUGUCUAUGGUAUGUCCACCGAGACAGAAGACGGCACCUGCCUGGGAACCUUCACUUAUGACCAGCAUGGAGAGCCAAUCCAAACCUUCCAACUGCCCAACCCUGCCACAGCCAUCUAUCGCUAUGUGGAGCUGCGCGUUCUGAGUAACUGGGGUCACCUAAAGUACACAUGCGUGUACCGCUUCCGUGUUCACGGACACAUGGCCCCAUCCUCCACAUGAGAAGGGCUCACCGUCCACCAUCUAUCCCAUCCGCAGACUCUCAGAGAGGCUACGCUUUCAUGUUCCGUCAACAUCAUGACAGAACAGUCUAAAUAAAUCCCUCUAUUUUGCAGAAUCAGGGUGGUUUCAUACACUGGCUUCUGUCUAGUGCGAGGUUAGAGGUCGUGAGGUUAAAGAUCUAUAGUGAUUUUUUUUUUUUGUGCUGACCUGGUGGGAGUAAGGGGAUGGGUUUUUCUGAGAUUGAAGUUUGUGUGCGUGUGCUUUUGAGCAUAGAUUGUUUGUUUGCAUUUUGUCUGGCCACAGCAGGCAGACAUUUCAGAUUGUACCUUGAAGGUGUGUGUAUAACAGUCCUGCCUGUGUUACUGGACUCUUAUUCAGUUAUUUUGUUUUCUUUUAUUUGUAUCUUAUACAACAGUUGAAUUAUGUUGAGAAAGAACGUUGUUGUGGGUGUAUAUUUGGCAAGUAUCAAGAUGUAUUGUUCAUAUAUUUUAUUGCGAUUAGGAUGUAAUGUGGUUGCAAAUGAUUAUUUUCUGUUGCUCUGAAUGACUAUAAAAGUUUUUGAAGUACCUUG